AUGGCAGCACCGACGCCUCAGUGGACAAUAACAAGAUGGUGUGGCAGGAGUUCCUUGAUCACCUCUCCCGCUCUCAUGUGUCACCCCGCCCGCACUGACACCUCUCUCGUCACCAACUGUGAUCCCCGGGUGUGUCUCAAGACAUGGACGAUACAACGGAGGGCCGUCCUUGCCGCAGUGACAACCUUCUAGAGAAAAGCGACGGAACAGCUGAUGUGCGUCUGAGGGAUUCCUCGUCUACUCGAAGCGGUAUACAUAAAGUCUCUCUUCGAUUGUCAUUUAAAUCGGAGUCUUUUAAGGCACAGUCUCUUCUCGCUAGAUUUCACAGCUCAAGAAAAUCAGAGAGCGGUAUUAAAGGUGAAUUAAAGGCAGUUAACAGUGGCUCUGGGCUUGGAAUUACCCGUGGAUGGAGUCGUCAAAAACAGGGUAAUAAUUUUGACGUUUCGCAUUGUGUUGAACUAGAGUCUGAAAAUACUUCAGCAAGUCUUCCAGAUGAUCUUAACCAAAAUUCUGACAUAGUUGCAAGUGUGUGUGAUCCCGUGUGUGGUAUCAAUGGUACAGGCCGAACAGAAAGUGAUGAGCCAGGCCCAGAGAAAUCUAUUUCUGGGUCCAUCUCAGAGGAGUCAGCCUUUUUGCCAGUGGGUGGGGAAAAGGUUACAGAAAGUUGGUUUUGCACAUGGCCUGGUCGGCCGAGAAAGCUUAAAAGCUUGAGAAAAAGAUUACUUACAUCAGCAACAAACAAUAAGCAUAAUUCUGAAAUUGUUAAUGUUUGCCAGAACCAUGAGCAUGGUGAAGAAAACCACGAAUCAUCUUGUUUAUUGUCACAAAGUCUGAGUACAGAUGAACAUGAAUCAUGUCUUAUAACAGAGAGCUUAGAUAUGAAACUAGAUACAAAUAAACUUGAGAUGUGUUCCAAAACGCCUGACUUGACAAGUGGCCAUGUCUCUCUUGAUGCAAUAUUAGAAUCAUUGCCUUUAGUGUAUGACCCAUCAACAAAGCAAUUAUGCCUUGGAACUUCCAAAAAGUGUCAAAAUGACUUUUCCAGCAAAAGAAUGUCAAAUGCUAGUAUACAUACCAACUGUGAUAAUGAUGUUUCUCCAGAAAGACAAAAGUUAAAUUUGGGCAAGGAAUACUCAGACUUCAAGGGAAAGGAUGUAGAAUCUCACAUAGAAGAAUUAUUAACAAUUUCUGAUACAGGUGAGGCAACGUCAUUACCUAAAUCAUUAGAAAUUAUUCAAGAGGUUGAUGAGAAUGGUGAAACUUUAAAAUUGAUAGAAAAACUUACGCCGCAGUCGGGCAAUGUCAGUGGAAGUUCUUCCCUGGAAAGAGGUCACUUUGAAAGUCCCAGAAACAGCCUUCAGCGAGUUGGCACAAACAAUUCACUCUCUAUCACAGAUGCCAGUUCCUUCUCCAGUUUAUCAAGUUCCAACACGGAAUUAUCUGCAUAUUCGGCUUCGGAUAGUGCAGUGUGCCUUGGCUCUCACCAAUCUGAUGCUGGAUCUCUGAGAGAUUAUAUACUCACUGAUAUUGAUGGCAAGACUAAGAAAAAAGGAAUCACAGACUUCCUUACUCGGAAUCUAUUUUCAUGGCGUCACAAAGAUGGAAGUACAAGUAAAGCCAAUGAUGCUCCAUCAUCCACGUCAUCCUCACCUGUUCCUUCAUCACCAGUGCCCAGCAGCUCUCCUGGAUGGAGAAUCUUCUCACGGCCAAUUACCAGGGUGCCUAGGUCGCCAGACCUACAGGUCCGCAACAGUGAUCUGGAAGCAGGCAGUGCUGGGCUUAUAAUGGAGAAUCGCCCCACCAACCUCCCGGCAAAAACGGCUUACGAACAGCUCAAACACCGGCAGGAGUACCAACAGAUGGUUUCUGCGGCCAAGAAAAAAGAAUUACGCGAAGCUAAGGAACGGAAAAAAGCACAGGCCACCUUGCAGCGUCAGGAAGAGCAGUUAGCAGCAGCUGUUGCCACUUGGAAUAAUGAAAUAUUACCAAAGUGGGAUACUAUGCACUCACACAAAAAAUGCCGUGAAUUGUGGUGGCAAGGCCUUCCUUCGUGUGUGAGGGGGAAAGUGUGGAAGUUGGCCAUAGGAAAUGAUCUAAAUAUCACUCCACAACUCUACAGCAUUAUGGUUCAAAGGUCUGUAGAAAAGCUGAUGAGCCUUAGUGAGUGUGGGAGUAUGGUUAGCCAGGAGGAUGUGACUAGUGAUUGUGAUGACUUGGAAGGAACCAUAGACCUCAUUCGUCUCGAUGUCUCACGCACGUUUCCUCACCUUUGCAUCUUCCAGAAGGGUGGACCAUACCAUGAUCCUCUUCAUAAUAUCUUAGGAGCUUAUGCCUGCUACCGUCCCGAUGUUGGUUACGUGCAGGGGAUGUCCUUUCUGGCAGCAACACUGCUUCUUAAUAUGGAUGAAGCAGAUGCAUUUAUUACCUUCUCCAACCUCCUCAAUCGACCAGCACACAUGGCAUUCUUCAGGAUGGAUCAGCCAGUGAUGUGUGCCUACUAUAAAGCCUUCGAAGAACUUCUAGCUGCCAAUUUACCACUUAUCGCAGAGCACUUGCAAACAAUUGGAGUUACCCCAGACCUUUAUGUUUUGGACUGGUUGUUGACGGUAUUUGCUCGUCCAUUACCUCUGGAUGCUGCGGUCAGAAUAUGGGACGUUUAUCUAAGAGAUGGGGAGGAGUUUCUCUUAAGGGCUGCCAUUGGUAUCUUGAAGCUGUAUGAAACUGUUAUUACCAAUCAAGAGUGCACUGCCACCGCUGCACAGUUUCUCACUCGUCUACCAGAAGAUCUCUGUGCAGAGGCUUUAUUCCGGGCCAUUGCAUCCGUCCGAACCUCCGCCCACAAACGCACAUUUUCACAGAUCCUUCAAGCGCACAUGGAUGCUGCAGCAAUGACUGCAGUAUGAUUUGUGGCAACUUUUAUACACUAUUUCUGUGUUGUAUAUGUAAUUACAGGAAUGCUUUGUUUAUAAAAAUAAAAUUUUUAAGCCAUUUAAUUUUUUCACAGGCAUUUGUAUUGUUAAUCUCAACAAAUUAGCAAAUGCUGAAAAAUAUUCUAGCUUUGUCAUUUCUAAAAUUUCAGUACAGCAUAUUUUUUUUAAAUUGGUUAUUAUUUCAUCAAUGGUCUCUUGAGGUAUAUAUUUCUAUGGAUAUUUUAAAAGCUUAUCAAGUAUUAGCAUUUUAAUCAAAUCUUACUAAUACUGUACACAGUUCACUUAAAUUGACAAUUAUUAUUUAGAUAUCUGGAAGUUCUUAUGAUUUAGAAAAAUCACUGGAAUUUAUAAUUGUGGGUGAUAACAUGAAUGUUUUUAGCUGAAUGUUUGAUAAUCAUGCUGAAAAGCUUCUUCUGGUGUAUCAUACUCAUAUGGUAGGAUGUCCUUGGCCUUGACAAUAGUACACUGAGUAAUGAUAAUUUCCACAGGACAAUUAUAUUUAUUAACUCAAUCUCGGUAUGUUUUACAUAUGAAAUAUAUCACGGUAUUGUGGUUUCAUUGUGUAUGUUUUGUAUAUUUCUAUAUUACUGUACAAAAGUUAUAAUUGUACACUUACACUGCUCGAUGCAUGGCAAUUUUAAAAUAAGAUUUAACCCCUCGUGUCUUUCACAUGGUCAAGUAAUUAUUUAAUGACGUAAAAUCUAAUUCUGGCCAUUGGUUGAAAAAAUUUUGAAAUUAGUUAUUAACGGUUCAACACCAAGUUUAAACUUCUUAUAAAGUCUUUAGAAACAUACAAUUAAGCAAAACUUUUGCCUUGAUAUUCUAUUUUUUUACUAUUAUUGUAGUUUGUCAUUUAAUAAGCACAUUGAGGGAGAAACUCUUCUUUCAUCACUGCACUGGAAUGAGUUGCUUCGGUUCUUUCUUCUCAAUAUAUCCUUUUGAUUGUGCUCUGUUUUCCUGUUCUUAAUCCAUAUUUUCUCUUAUUUUUGUGUGAUUUUUUCUUUUUAUUAAUCUAUGCUCAUUGAAGCAAUCUUCACACUUCCUAUACUUUCAUCUUGGUGCGUGCAUGAUCCUUUAGCAUGUCUGCAACGUUGGAAAGUUGGUGAAAUGCAUGCAGAGGAUUCUCCUGUGUGUCUUCCCCAUGAGGAGCAGCAUCUUCCAGAGGGUGCAAGGCAUCAACAUAUGAUAGAUGUCGGUGAGGUCACAAUUCAUUGAACAAGGAAGAUUUAGGUCACCUAGAAAACCUGGAAUAUACCUGUGAAAUUAAGCUUUUAAGAUUUUUAAAAGAUCUGAGAAUAAUUGAUUACUUUUUAUUGCCUCGUAUGGGCAAUAAAUGAAGCAACUCAAUGGGAUAGUAUGAACUAUCCCAUUGUUCAACACUAGGGAUAGUGAAGUAUGAAUGCAAUUACACAUGCAUUAUGAUAGAAUACAUUCUAUUUAAUUUGCCUGGUGUCCACAAACCUUAAUUUGUCCGAGUAUACUCAUACGUAACUAGUUCAUUUAUAUCUUGUUCAAAGCUAGACAAUGUGGUAACUCAAUAUUUUAGAAAAUUGCUUAUUACAGUAAAAUUUGCCUUAAAGCAUUUCCCUAGAGGAAAGCUUUUUUGGAAUGGCUGUUAAACUGGGGUCAGUCAUUUAAUCCAUUUUUUUUUUUAAGUUUGUACCAAAAUUGAAUAAAUAAAUGUGGUGGUAGCAUUCAUGAGUGAUAUUGUAUACGAGAUUUAUGGUUUAACAAAAUGGUCUUACUUUUUCAUUCAUUCAAUCUGCCAUGAGGACUGUGUGUGUGUUGUUAAAGAUUUACCACAACUGCCAUGAUACAUCAGAUGCUAUUUAAAAAUAAAAAAAUGGGUUCUAUUUUUUGUUACUAUUGUAAACAAACAUGAAAUAGAAUUUGUGUUGUUACACGUUAGGGAAUUAUUUAGUACCUGGUUAAAAAAAAAUAGAAGUGCAAAAAUACACACUUUUUUUUCCUCCCUCCCUCCCCCCCCCCCCCAAAGGGCACAGUAUGUGUGUGUGUGUGUGUGUGCGUAAAUUAUUACCUGUAUACUCCUUCAAUAUUGAUCUGAUAAUUUAGGUGUUAUUUGUUGAACAACAUAGAGCCAAAUAUAGUCACCUUGGCUUGUUAUAUGAUCUUCAGGCAUAAGGUUUCAGCGUUACUUGUGGUGCUCUGUAGGUCUGAAGCAUAGCAAGAAUUCUAGAUGCAAAUACUGUAAUUUAGUUUGUUAAUACAUUUACAUCCUCUAGAUCUGUGAUAACAAAAUACUCAGUGCAUCUUUCCUUUGUAAUAGCAGAUAUUUUUUCCUUGGACUUUCCACAGGUAGGAAUUUUAAAUGAACAUUUACAAGGAUAUUUAAAUAUACGUUUUUUUUUAAGGUUUGUGAGUUUUGUUAAUUUCUGCCAUAUAAAUAAAUAAAUAAA